AAUAUGGUGGCUAGAAUUGUUAUUGCAGGUGAAUCACAAUGUGAUAUAUUUGCCCAAAUUUGCUUAAUAGCAAAUUUUUUGUCUCAAAAUCUUCCCAGUUUUUGUUACGAGAGAAUUGAAAAACCUGUGUUGGAAUGGAAGGCAUGGCUCUGUAAAAUUAACCAAAAAAACAAAUGGCACCAUACUGGAUCUCCACUAGUGUGGAAAGAAUUAUUAACAACAGGAAGCAAACCAUUAUAUAUUGGGGGAGCACCUGAAUUUAUGGAUUAUUGCCAUUCUUAUUAUGAUUUAGAUGUGUUUAUGACAUCUGAUACAUACGAAAACUUGGUAUCAAAUUACAGACAAUAUUACAAAAGAAUAAAACAAGAAAUUAAAACCAAAUCUAAGAACGAAAUUGAAUACGAUCUAGGAGAACCGAAUAAAAAUUCAUUUGCCAUAUGUAUAACGGGUGCUGGAAAUCCAAUUGCUAUGCAUUUAAUUUCUGGUCUACUUGAAACAACAUUCGAUGAUAAAAGUAUUAGUAAAAUUUAUAUCUACGACAACAAAUGUUUACCUUCAUUUAUGGAGUUAGUUGAACGUGAAUGUAGUUAUAUUGGCACAAAUUAUCCACCCAGAGUAGUGAAAUAUGUUGAUAAAAUUGGGGUAGCUCUUACAAACACUGACGUUCUUAUUGUUUUAGAUCAUGUCCCAUUAAGUGAUACAAUGUCAAUAGGAGGAUGGCUACACGAGAAUAAAAAAAUAAUGGAGAAAAUUGCAUUAAUGAUAAACGCUUCAGCCUCACAGACAAUGAACGUUAUACUUCCUAAUUUAGGACCUGCUUGUUUCAAUGCAACAAUUUUAUCACAAUCAAUAACACAUAUCAGUAAACACCAUAUCGUCGUUGUUACAUCUGAUUUAGGUAUGGAAGCAGCACCUAUAAUUGCAAAGAUAGCUAAAGUGCCUAUGAGAAAUAUGUUUUGUCCUCCGGUUUGGGGAUUUGUGGGGAUCAAUCAUUUAAUAGAUGUUAAUAAUACAGUUCAUAAAUAUAAUGGAUUUGAUCCCUAUAGCAGAUAUACAAAAGUCCGAAAUUCGAGCUUAUGCAUUGGGACAAUAACUCCUGAGAUGAGAACACUAGAAUAUCUUUUGUAUUUUGAUCAAUCAUUAUGGAACAGACUUGCUGAAGAAAAGGUAAAACCUAAAUAUUGGUUGUUAGCAAUAAACUUUAUUGGAAAUUGGUCAUUUGGAUUACAUUUUGACGGAUAUUUUUCUCAACCAUGCCACUAUGUAAAUGGUAAAUGGAAACCAGCAAAACAAUAUGUCCUACCCAAAGACCAUCAAGUAAAUAUCAAAUAUCUAGAGGAUAUAGCUAAGUUAUGUAUGAAGUUGCAAAAAAAUGACUUACCCCCAAUUAUUCCACGAAAGAUAUGCGUAUGUAAACCAAAAUAUUUCAGAAAGAAGAAAGUUUGGUAA